AUGAGUGAUAACACAAGCACAGCCGUCAUUGAUAUUCCCACUGCGGACGGCUAUGAUGUUGCUGUCGAUUUGAUGAAUGAUGAGUACGAUGAUAUUAAAAAUUUACUUGUUGAUGAAAAGGUGCCUUUGGAAUAUUAUUUAAAAACAGCUAUAUUGUAUCACAACAUUGACAAGACGGAUCAUUUUAACAAGCUUUUAAAUCUUGUUAUUGAAGAUUCUGAAGUAGAAGAUAAAUAUUAUCAGGAUAAUCCAAAGCCUUUGCUUGAUGCUAGAACAGAUGCCCUAAAUAUUCUUGUUGGUCAUCUGAUCGAACAAUACAACAAGGUUAGAAUUCAUCAAUUUGAUAAUGAAAGACAAGCUAUGGAGGAUAUUUGUGAUAACAAAAGGGAAGAACUCUUGAAUGACAUUAACAAAUUGUUAGGUAAAGCCGAACAAUUUAAUCCUUCCAAAUUGUCAAAUUUCUAUUCUCGUGGUGUCCUUCACCUUAAUCUAGGAGCUUUGGACAAGGCAGAAAGUUCAUUUGACUAUAUUAUCACUGUAGAUAAGGAUAACAUAUUAUCAAAACUAGGAAUGGCUUGCAUCAAAUAUCACAAAAAACAAUAUAAGGAGGCUUUGAGUGAAUUUGAACAGUGUUUAUUGAUGAACCCUCAAGGACCUGCAGAUAUUAGACUUGGUAUGGGUCUUUGUCACUAUCAAUUGGAUAAUUUUGAAAGAGCAAAACAAUGUUUUGAACGUGUUUUGCAGCUAGAUCCUAACAAUGUGUCAGCACUCAUUUACUUGGCAAUUAUUGACUUGAAUUCUAGGGAUGAGGAACUCUUACAAAAUGCUGUCAAAAAUUAUUUGAAGAGAGCCUACUCAUUAGAUCCUGGUAAUUCUCAAGUUUUGAAUCUGUUAGGUAAUCACUUUUUCUUUAGAAGAGAAGUUGACAAGACAGAAGAGCUUGUAUUUGCAGCUUUCCAUAAUACUAAAUCUCCUAAAAUCAAAGCCGAAAGUUGUUAUAAUAUGGCUAGAGCAUAUCAUCAUAAGAAGGAUUAUGACUCUGCAUUCAAGUAUUAUUAUCGUAUUGUCUCAAGGUUAUGGCCAGAAUAUACUUUGGCAAGAUAUGGUUUGGGUCAAUUGUACAUUCAAAGAAACGAAAUCGAUAAGGCUGUCGAAGAAUUCGAGCAAAUUUUAAAGGUUGAUCCUGAAAAUUUGGAAACAAAUUUAGCAUUAGGAAAUUUAUAUGCUAGAAAGAGAGAUUCCAAGAAGAGUCUUGCAUACUUGAAGAAGGUCUUGAAGAAGGAUCCAGAAAAUAUUAAUGCAUUGCUCCGAAUUGGAGAACAUGAAAGACAUCAAAUUCAACUUGCUUUGGAUAGUUUGAAAGAAGCUCUUACCAUCAUUGAAGAGGGAGAAACAGAGCUUGUAGUAACACAUGAAUUAUACAAUAAUAUUGCUGUACAUUAUUACAAAUUGGGAAAGAACACUGAAUCUGAGGAGUAUUUUAAGAAAGCUCUCUCGUUAGCUGAAUGUAAUGUUAUGGACAAUCUUGACGACUUGCAUCAAGCCAUUGAAGUUAAACAUUUAUCAUUGGUCUAUAACUUUGCUCGUUUCAAAGAAGUAUCCAAAUCAUUGGACGAUGCCCAAAAGUUAUACUUGAAGAUUGUAGCUCAACAUCCAAGUUAUAUCAAUGCAUAUCUCAGACUGGGAAAGAUUCAACAAAAGAAUGGUAAUCAUGAAAAGGCUAUUCAUUUCUGCAAGUUGGCAACCUCUCUGGAACCAAAUAAUGCUGCUACUUGGGCAUUCCUAGGUCAAACUUAUCUUGAGCAAAAUAACUAUACAGAAGCUCAAAAGGCAUUUGAAUAUAUCACUCAAAAUAUUGACAAGAAUGACAUUUACGCAUUAUUGGGAAUGGGUAAUGUCUAUUUCAAAUCUCUCAGAACUGCAAAGCCGAAUCCAGACGAAAAGGAACAAGAAAGAAUUGAAAAGCAUUUGGAUUAUGCUCUUUUAUUCUUUGAAAAGACUCUUAAACUUGACAAUAGUAACAUGUAUGCAGCACUCAACAGUGGUUGUGUUUUGUGUGAAAAUGGUUACACAGAAGAAGGUAAAGCUUUAAUCUCGAGAGUAAGAGAAAUUUGCGUUGGAGAUGACAUGAAGGAUACUCCUGAGACAUACAUCAACUUGGGACAUUUGGCCAUGAUUCAAAAACAAUUUUCUCAGGCUGAAAAGCUCUAUUCUACUUGUUCUAAACGUUUCUUCAAUGAUGAAAAUCCUAUGGUGUUGGCCUAUUUGGCCAAAUCCUUGUUUGAUAACAACAAACACGAAGAGUCACUCAAUAUCCUCAAGAAAAUUCAAGAACAAGAUGCUACCAAUCUUACAAUCAAGUAUAACAUUGCCUUGGCCUUCUAUGAAAAACUAGUUGCAACCUUGAAUGAUUCCAACAAGGAUUUGACAAAGGUACAAAUUUUAGAAGAUCAAAACCAAACUAUAAUUAAUUUAUUCUCUGAAAUUGCAGAAAAUACCAACUCAAAGAAGAAUAGUUGUGAAUUCUCUCUCGAUGAAAAAAUUGUUGUUCACAAGGCUAAGGACUUUAUAACUGUGCUCGAAACAAAGAUUAAAGAAAAGAUUGAGAAAUAUAGAGAAAAGGCAGAAAAGGAAGAAUUGGCCAGACAUGAACUCAAGAAGAAACAAGAAGAUGCCUUCAAGAUUAUUGAAGAACAAACCAAGAAACAACUGGAAGAUCAAGAAGAAUUGAGAAGAGUUAAGGAAGAAAAACUCAGAGAAACAUUCGGUAGACUCGAAUCUAUCAAGGCCAAUCUGAAAACAACUGCUUUCGAAGAGGAUGAAGAUGAAGAAAAGAAAACUAAGAAGAGAAAGAAGACUCAAGACUACGAUGACGAUUUACAAGCAGAAAACAAUGAAAAUACAGAGCAACAAGAAGCUCCAGCCAAGAAGAAGAGAAAACCAAAAGAACCUAAGAAGAAUAAGGAAAAGAAAGACAAGAAGGAAACCAAGAAAAAUUCACGUCUCAAAAAGAAUGCAAAGGCAACUGAAGAAGAGGAAAGAGAUGAAUUCGAUGUUGAUGACGUUCCACAAUCAUCAUCUGCCAGAGUUAUCAAUGACGAAAAUGAAAAUGAUAAUGAAGAAGAUGAAUACAAUGAGGAAGGCCCAUCUCGUGCCACUGAUGAAGGUGAAGAAGAAUUUGCAUUCGAUGAGUAA